GAAAGCGAAUCUUGCGUGCUUUACUGGAUUUAUUUAUUAAAAAUCAUGUACAAUCACAAUUCAACACCCUUCAAUAUAAAAAUUAGGGUUUUGAAAGUAUGUGGAAAUGACGAUGACGGGGUUCUUGAAGUAAGUGGGACCCAAAAUCUUGAUGACCUGUAAAGAUUAUGAAUAGAACAAUCGUGUAGAGUGAGUCGAGUUGAGUUGAGUUGAGUUGAGUGGAUGGAGAGUGAGUCAGAGAGUGCGACAGGGAAAGAAUGGGGAGAGAAAGUAUCAGAGAAGGUAAUAUCUGCAUACAAGUGUCUUCCAAAGAAAGGAAAGCCACAGGGACGCGAAGUCACUGUAUUGGCCGCCUUUCUCCUCUCUUCUCCUUCUCAAGAUUUGGAAGUUGUGGCUCUCGGAACGGGAACAAAAUGUAUUGGUGGUUCGCUAUUGAGCCCGCGUGGUGACAUUGUUAAUGAUUCCCAUGCUGAAAUUAUUGCCCGAAGAGCUUUAUUGAGGUUCUUCUAUACAGAGAUUCAAUGCCUUUCAAAUGCUUUGAAUAGAAAUGAAACCCAAGAGUUGCAAGAUGAAGAUGUUGUUAAAAACUCAGUUUUCCAAUUGGACUCCACAGGUCCUGGCCAAGGGAAAUAUAAAUUAAGAGAGGGCUGGCAAUUACAUCUUUACAUAUCACAAUUGCCAUGUGGGGAUGCUUCACUCAGCUCAUCUUUGUCUCCUUUGAGAACUAUCUACUUCAGAGAAAGUAACUCAUCAGCAGCUCUGGAUGAGCUUAACGUUUCCAUGGAAAGGAUUCACGAGGCUGCAAGAACAAAUUAUGGUAAUGGUGAAACCCUGUCUUACUGCUUAUUGUUAAUUUUUAUGGUCAAUUGUGUUCUACUUUUUAUGGAGCUUUAUUAUAUUUGUGACGGAACCCUGUCUUAUUGCUUAUUGUUAGUAGUUGCAUAUUAUUAUUUUUCAAGUGUUACACUUGCAGAUGAUACCUUGCAACACAUUGGAAAGGUUCAAAGAAAGCCUGGUCGUGGUGAUACAACAUUUUCGGUUAGCUGUUCUGACAAGAUAACUCGUUGGAAUGUUGUUGGAGUUCAAGGAGCUUUGCUUUCCUACUUUGUUCAACCUGUUUACCUUUCUUCCAUUACUGUUGGACAGUCCCCUAACAGUUUUAAAGAUUUUCCCUUGGAAGAUCUCUUGAAAAGAUCUUUAUAUGAUCGGAUUUUGCCAAUAUCAAAUGAGCUUAUGAGUCCCUUUCAAGUGAAUAAGCCACUAUUUUGGGCAGCACCAAUACCACCAAGGGAGUUUCAGCAUUCUGAGACUGCUUCAACCACAUUGACAUGCGGAUAUUCCAUAUGUUGGAAUAAGUCAGGACUGCAAGAAGUUAUUCUUGGAACCACUGGAAGAAAACAAGGAACCUCUGCUAAAGGGGCACUUUCUCCAUCUACUGAGUCAUCUUUAUGCAAAAAGCGAUUUUUGGAGAUUUUCCUGUUGCUAGGGCAUGAAUGCAAAAUCAAAUGUCCAACCAGUGGCAUUUCAUAUCGAGAACUCAAGGAUGGGGCUCAAGAAUACAAUUUAACUUCAAAAACUUUUAAAGGGACAGCACCGUUUAGAAAUUGGUUAUUGAAACCAUUAGAUUAUGAGGCUUUCUCCAAAGCAGUGAGCUGCUUGACUAGGAAGCAUAUUCUUGAGCACCAGUGAGCUUUUCUGUGCGCCAUAAAAGCUGUUAAAGAGCCCCUCCGGCAAAACCUCAAUUUGGUUGUGACCUAUCAAGGAUGGACCAUCUCUUGAUUUGUCAUUACUGAUUUUAUUCCUAUCUAAUGCAUCUAUACUAAGAAGUCGCAAUCUAAUGACACCGUGCUAGCAACCACUAUUGUUCAUGUAUAUUACUUUUUUUCCAGGUAUUGAUGGAAACAUUAAUUUUGCCUGGUGA